UUCACGUUUCCGCCCCCUCUCCCAGUGUGUUCCGUCAACUCAAUUUCUUCCAUUCCUUGACUUUGCUGACUCUUCGAGAUCCGGAAUCGUGGUAGGGAAGAUUUGAGUGAAGUUCAAACGAACUCAAAACAUUGCAGAACCCGGUAUCAUGGCCUCUCAACAGCCUGAGCAGUCCGAGCAGCCCGAACAACCGCCGGCGGCCGCGGUAUCGGCGCCAUCGACUGCCCCUGUCGAGCAGGAAGAAACAACGACCGAGACCACCGCCACGACAACUGUAGCCCCAGCUCUAGCUCCAGAGACGGAGACGGCUGCGGCCUCGCCGGCUCCCGCCGCCCCCGUCAGCGAGGAGGCGACGGCAACUGAUGCCGAGACGGCCGGAAUUCUCCCCGCUGAGCACUGGGUGCAGGCGGCACGAGACGCCGGCGAUGACGGCGACGCCGACUCCGCCCUGGGUGACGACACGGCGAGCUCCACGGCGUCGCUCACCUCGACCAUCCUCCAGUACCGCAAGAUCCACGGGAGGACGUUCCACGGCGAGGUCGGCGACGCGCAGUACUGGGGGAGCAACGACGAGCCGCAGAACGAGGCCUGGGACAUCAACCAUCACCUGCUCACCCUGUCGAUGGGUGACAGGCUUCACUUGGCACCGCUCAACAAGAACAAGUUGAACAAAGCUCUCGACAUCGGAACGGGAACAGGCAUUUGGGCUAUCGACUUUGCGGAUGAAUACCCCGAAUGUGAGGUUAUCGGAACCGACAUCUCACCCAUCCAGCCUAGCUGGGUCCCGCCCAACUUGAAAUUCGAGAUCGACGACUGCACGCGCGAGUGGACCUUUGAGCCCGAGACCUUCGACUACGUCCACAUCCGCUUCCUCGUCGGCAGCAUCCCCGACUGGCCGGCGCUCUUCAAGCAGGCGUACCGCGCCCUCAAGCCCGGCGGCUACCUCGAGAGCUUCGAGGUCUCGCCGGCCAUCCUCAGCGACGACGACACCGUGCCCGAGACGAGCGCGCUCGGCCAGUGGGGCAAGUUCUUCGAGGAGGGCGGCCGCAAGAUGGGCCGCACCUUCAUGGUUCUCGACGAGCACCUGCAGCAGAGGUCGAUGGAGGAGGCCGGGUUCGAGCACAUCACCGAGUGGAACAACAAGGCCCCCAUCGGCAGCUGGCCCAAGGACCCGGCCAUGAGGGAGAUUGGCGAGUGGGCGCAGCUGACCCUCCUCUCGGACAUCGAGGGCUACGUCCUCUUCAUGGCCAACGUCAUGUCCACGUGGUCCCGGGAGGAGAUCCAGAUCUACGCGGCGCAGCUCCGCCGCGAGAUCCGCUCCGGCAAGCUCCACGGCUACUACCGCCAGAGAGCGGUCUGGGGACAGAAGCCUCUCCGGGCUGGUGCGUAGUGGGAGCGGCUUUCCCGACAGCGUGGAGUUGCUCAGGAACUCCGGACUGGCAGAACUAGGGUACUAUGACGCGGCAUGUCCAGUAUUGCGCCGCCUGUCACUAGACGAUGGCCAGUCCGAGAGACAAAUCGAUCAUUGACCAAAAAAACAUGGCUUUCUGGUCUGGUUGUCAAACUACUCCGGGCGUCGGCUCGGGUGCCCUCGAUGUGGAGAGCUCGUUGAUGAGGUCGGCCCUGGCCAGUUGUAAGAGGUCUUUCGCGUCGGGAACUAAUGCGAGAAAAUAGGCCAAUGAAGUCAGGCAGUGUCCAAAAGAGAGAAUAAAACUUGGCAGAAGAUGCCUUUUGAAACC